AUGUCACCUCAUUCAAACUCAUCGAGUUUCACCAGUCUCGCGGAUACCUACCACAAGGAUGCCGGCGAACAUGAUGCCGAAGAGAGAACGAAAGAGGACCUCUUUGUCAAAGCGGUUGACAUCAGUGACAGCAGCUCGGACCAAAAGCCGAACUUGAGGCCGAGCAUACAGCAUUCGCCCGUCAAGCGACCCGCUCUCUCUGAUCGACCGCCACCCAAUGUCCAGACGCAGACAUUGUCGCUGGACAACAAACAAGGCAUCACGGCCGUCUAUUUAGCCAGUGACGGCCAGGAGCUCAUCAUGGCGGCCCGUCCUGUCACGCUGUCCCCGGACCUGAAAUCGUGGGGCAUUCUUGAAGACGGGCAGCAACAGACAAGCUCUCUCGAAGAAGCGUCUCCUCUCGGAUUGAAGUACGACGACAUCCAAUUUACCGCCACGCAGGUGGCCUUGUUCGACACCGCCAUCGAAGAGGAGUUUCUUCCCAUGUUCAUGGAGUCUCUGGGGGAGUUUGGGGAGGAAGCGGGAGGCCUUGGUCCGUUGAUUGAAGGGGCCCUCUAUCGCGCGCAUGAGGAUCUCCGCGUGAAUGGGUGGCCCGAUGCCCCCGUCACAUCCAUGUACUCCUCCAUGCAGAAUCCUGACGACGAGGACGAGAGUCCAGUGGUCGAGCUGCAAAGGCAUGCCGCGAGAGUGGGCGGCCAUCGGACAACGACCCCGACGUGGAGGGGCGGCAGCAGUGAACGCUGA